UAUUUUUAACAUAUUGCAGCACAAUUUUUGAAGAAGUUUGACAUAUAUGAAUUUUACCACAAUCAUUACUAGGUUUUUGCUAUUGUGAGGCUCUAUGUGAAUCAGCCCAGUCAAAUUGUCCUAUUUGUUCUCUGGCUUUUUGUCUUAAACAGACCAUAACCUUCACGUUUAUUCACUUGCAGUUAUAGGCGCUCAGUGCAAAGCAGCUUCGGACACCAACCUAUAGGAAAGCAUGGCUGCACCUUCUGAAGUAAGAAUUGUGCUUUUGGGAAAAACAGGAUCUGGGAAGAUCAGCACAGGAAAUGUUAUCCUGGGGGAAGAGAAGUUUGGAGUUUCCUCUGAUCCUAACAGUGUAACAAAAGAUUGUCAAACAGAAGAAGAAAACAUAAAUGGCUGGAAAUUUACAGUAACUGACACACCAAGGAUCUUUGACCCAGACAGGGAUGAGAAAGAUCUGAAGUAUUCCAUAAUAUCCUGUCUCACUGAGUGUGCUCCUGGUCCACACGCCUUAGUGCUGAGAGUGGGAAGAUUCACCAAAGAGGAGGAAGUGUCUGUGAAGAUGAUACUGCAGUACUUUGGGGAGGAAACCCUGAAGCACAUGGUUGUCCUCUUCACAUAUGGUGAUGAGCUUGACAAAAACAAGAGCAUUAAAGAGUUUGUAGAGAAGAACAAGGAUCUGAAGGAACUUUUUGAUAAGUGUGAAGACCGAGUCCAUGUCAUUGACGGUAAGUGGUGGAACAAAAACAAAGAUAAAAAUGCUCAGUCUGCAGAUCUCCUGGAACAACUAAAUAAAAUGAUGAUAGAGAAGAGAGAAGCUGGGGAAUCACAAGCUGUUCAGAUACUUGAAGACUUGAAGAACCAGGUAUUACAGCAAAGACCCUCUGAUCAGGAACCAGGCCAAGGGUCAGAAAGACCUUCAAGCUUUGAUGAAAACCUGGAUGAAUAAGAGUACAGGAGUAACAGCUUUCAGAUUAAACAGCUGCUGACAACUA